AAGAAUACAAAAAGUGGAUUGUGGGUGGCUGGCGAAGAGGAAGCGGAAGCGCCGCUCCGGAAUCUGUCGCCGGCGUCCGCCGCGGGCCCACGUGUGCGGCUGGGGAGUUUGAAAAUUGACGGAAGCCUGGCAAAGAGCGGAGCUACGAUCUCUCUUCCGACCACCUGGCUCUGAGUGUUGAGUUAGAUUGAAGCGCCUUUGCUGUAGGAUCCGGACCUGAGCUAGGUCGGGCGAGUCUGCCCGUCCUGUGUUUGACAGAUCCACUCUCCAUCCGAGUUGCUAUGAUGGAAGUCAAAGGGAAAAGAAAGCUCACAGGAAGGAGUACAAAGGCUUCACACGAAAGAAACAAAUUUCAGAAAAAUGGCGAUUCUAGUUCUUCAAAGACAUUCCCCAAGAAAGUUGUCAAGGAGGGAGGACCUAAAGUUACGUCUAAGAAGUUUGAGAAAAGUGCCAUGAAACCUGGGAAAAAGGGUGUGAAACAGUUCAAGAACAAGCAACAAGGGGACAAAGGACUGAAGAGCAAAUUCCAGCAAGCAAAUAAAUUCAACAAGAAGAGAAAAUUCCAGCCAGACGGUAAAAGUGAUGAAUCAGCACCCAAGAAACCCAAAUGGGAUGACUUCAAGAAGAAGAAGAAAGAACUAAAGCAGAGCAGGCAGCUCAGUGACAAAACCAACUAUGACAUUGUUGUUCGAGCAAAACAGAUUUGGGAGAUCUUAAGAAGAAAAGAUUGUGACAAAGAAAAAAGAGUGAAGUUGAUGAGUGAUUUGCAGAAGCUGAUUCAAGGGAAAAUUAAAACUAUCGCGUUUGCACAUGAUUCUACUCGUGUGAUCCAGUGUUACAUUCAGUACGGUAAUGAAGAACAGAGAAAACAGGCCUUUGAAGAAUUGCGAGAUGAUUUGGUUGAAUUAAGUAAAGCCAAAUAUUCCAGAAAUAUUGUUAAGAAAUUUCUCAUGUAUGGAAGUAAACCACAGAUUGCGGAGAUAAUCCGAAGUUUUAAAGGCCAUGUGAGGAAGAUGCUGCGGCAUGCAGAAGCCUCGGCCAUCGUGGAAUACGCGUACAAUGACAAAGCCAUUCUGGAGCAGAGGAACAUGCUGACCGAGGAGCUCUACGGGAACACGUUUCAGCUUUACAAGUCUGCAAAACACCCAACUCUGGACAAGGUGUUAGAGGUCCAGCCAGAAAAAUUAGAGCUUAUUAUGGAUGAAAUGAAACAGAUUCUAACCCCAAUGGCUCAAAAGGAAGCUGUGAUUAAGCACUCAUUAGUCCAUAAAGUAUUCUUGGAUUUUUUUACCUAUGCAACACCAAAACUCAGAUCAGAACUGAUUGAAGCCAUCCGUGAAGCGGUUGUGUACCUGGCGCACACACAUGAUGGUGCCAGAGUGGCCAUGCACUGCUUCUGGCAUGGCACGCCCAAGGACAGAAAAGUAAUUGUGAAAACAAUGAAGACUUACGUCGAAAAAGUGGCUAAUGGCCAAUACUCUCAUUUGGUUUUGCUGGCGGCCUUUGAUUGUAUUGAUGAUACUAAGCUUGUGAAGCAGAUAAUCAUAUCAGAAAUUAUCAGUUCCUUGUCUAGCAUAGUCAAUGACAAAUAUGGAAGGAAGGUCUUGUUGUACUUACUGAGCCCCAGAGACCCUGCGCAUACAGUACGAGAAAUCAUUGAAGUCCUGCAAAAAGGAGAUGGAAAUGCACACAGUAAGAAAGACACAGAGAUCCGCCGUCGCGAGCUCUUAGAAGCCAUUUCUCCAUCUUUGUUAAACUACCUGCAAAGAAAUGCCCAAGAGAUGGUGCUAGAUAAGUCUGCGUGUGUUUUGGUGUCUGACAUUCUGGGAUCCGCCACUGGAGAUGUUCAGCCUGCCAUGGAUGCCAUUGCCACCCUGGCAGCAGCAGAGCUACACCCUGGGGGCAAGGAUGGAAAGCUUCAUGUUGCGGAACAUCCUGCGGGACAUCUAGUUCUCAAGUGGCUACUGGAGCAAGAUGAAAAGAUGAAGGAAAGUGGAAGAGAAGGUUGUUUUGCAAGAACACUCGUAGAACAUGUUGGUAUGAAGAACCUGAAGUCCUGGGCCAGUGUCAAUCGGGGCGCUAUUGUUCUUUCCAGCCUUCUACAGAGUGCUGACCAAGAGGUUGCAAAUAAAGUCAAAGCUGGACUGAAAAGCCUGAUUCCCACAUUGGAAAAAAACAAAAACACCAGCAAAGGAAUAGAAACUCUACUUGAAAAACUGACCUCAUAGGUGGGAACAGUUAAGAACAAAAUGGAAUCAUUUUUCCCACUCUCUGUCCAUUUUUCCCACUGCAGAAAAGCAGGGUGAGGGGCCACCUCACUGGUAACUUGGGAGCUCUAUACAUGUGUGUUUUUUCAUGAGAACCAAUUAUAUAUAAAAUUAUAUAAAAUGGUCUUUUCUUUUUUAA